AUGGAUAAAGAAUAUCAUAAUAGGAAAGAAUCAUCCGCAUCUCCAGGCACCAAAAAAGAGCGCAUAAUCCGGUUUUGCUAUCGUUUAUAUUCUUCUGAAGGAAAUCGAGCCAAAAACAUCAUGGUUAUCCACAAAACGAAAAAUUCUUAUGCUCCCAAUAACUGGUUUCAUCCAUCGCGAAACCCUAUGCAUAUGAGCUUCAAGAAAAAACAAAAACCGCUGACCCCGAUGUCGGCAGCGAUCAGGUCAUCUUUUAACACAGCAAUGAACGCAACAUUUACAGAAGGAUGCUUGCAUGAAUACUCGCCGCCAAUUACCAGUAGAAAACACAACAAUGGAUAUGUUCCGCACGAAUCUUGAUACUACAAAGAUCAGUCUGUAACCAAAAUGCUUUUAUCAUCUCCAGGCAGACUUAAAACAACUCAAAAUUAUUCAAGAUUUCAGCUGACGAAAAGUAGUUUUAAUAAUUAA